AUGCAAAAAGUAGAGGUCAGGACUGUCUCGGAUGUCUUCAACGCCCUUACUUUCAACGUAAAUGGAACCCUCGCUUUUCUCUAUGACCGGAGCACCAAGAAUAUUGUGGCCAUAGAUCUGAUCUCAAGGGAGAAGGUCGUCUUGAAAUGGUAGGAUUCAAAAAGUAUUUAUUGUUAAAUACUCUUAAGGCCCAACAAUUACUUUCGGAAGAGUCGAUGGACUUGUUAUCAUCUCUCUUAUAUUCACUCGCAGGAGCAGCCAAAACUAAUUGUGUUGUGGUAUAAUGGAGAUAAAAAGAGAUUCUGUUUAUCCUCCCAUGUUAUAAAGGAUAAUGCUCUGAGUACGGAGCAAAUCAGACAUUACUUUCCGCUCGAAAUUACUUACGAAGUUGGCUAUUGGGUCCAAAUAAACGAAACAAACUUCUAUAAUGUAAGCCACUUUACUGUACUUUACUGCAACAAUGUGUUUUUUUAGAUAAUAUUCUACACCCUAAAUGAUGAGACCAAUAAGUUUUGGCAUUUUGAAUACAGUGUUACGUCGAAUUGCGUAAAAGAAGUCCUCCAGGAUUCCCUCCCGAUUCACUCAAAACCGUGGGAACUGCCAACUUUAACAUCUCAAGUAAAUAGUCAUCUUGUGUAGCAUUACUCUGUUCAGGGAUUACUUUUCAUUUCUCACGAAAGAAACUCACAUUUGGCCUUAUUUAACAAGGAAAAGAAGAUCUGGACCAAGGCGCCGAUAGGACCAGAUAAGGAAUUGGGAAGGGGACCCUCGGCCAAUGGGAUCUGGGGUCAGUUGCAUCAUCCGAAAGGGAUAAUAUUAUGUGGGCAGAGGGUGAAACGACAUGAGUAUAUCAGUGAAAUAUGGCUUUUGGACACUCAGUUGGCUGAAUGGAAGUUGUGAGUUUAUGUGUAUCCUUGGUUAAUACUCCUCUCAGAAUCUCUGCUUACAACGGACUCCCCCGAGAUUCCAUCAAUCUGGCCCUUCGCAUGUUGGAUAAUACUCAUAUCUAUUACCACAUUGACUCCGAAUCCCUGGGUCCAUCUCUUUUCCAAAUCCAGAAUGCCAUUUCCAAGCUGGACCCCCAAUUGUCGCCCAUACCCGAAGAGAAUGAUGACUAUGACAUUGUUUGUUCGAUCUGCCUCGAUACCUACGAGGAGCCUAAACUUCUGGGAUGUGGUCAUUCCUUCUGCAAGAAGUGUCUCGCCUCUCUACCGCCUGAGGGUAAUUAAUAAAUUAUUCUUGAAUCUCUUGCAGGCAUCGAGAAUGGCAUCAAGUGCCCGGUCUGUCGGAUCUUAACGCCCUGCGGCAUAAAUAAUUUAAAUAUCAACUAUGGAUUGAGGGGUGAGUAGAACAAGUUGUUUUUCAUUAGAUCCCAUUGUUCAGAAGCUGUGGAAGUGUUGGAUAAAGUGAAGAGAAGCCGGGAGAAUGGGUUCAUUUGUGAGAUCUGCCAGUCCCCGACCAGUGAGAACAAUAUCUUUCUGUGUUUGGAAUGCCGGAAUCAGAAGUUUUGUUCUGUCUGUGUUCUAUUCAAUCACCAGGACCACAAGAGAAUAGAGCUAAAGUAAAUUUUAUUUACCUUUUAUGUCAUCAUAAUUGAAUGGAAGCGAUUUGAUCCACUUUUUGAAAUGCCAAAGGGUAGCGAUUGUAGACUUUGAAUAAGCAGGCUGUUUAGAGAGCGCGGAGAUUCUCAUAAUUACUUUGACUUUAGGAAAAUACUGCGGGAUCAAAAGGAGGUGAACAAAAUUAAGAAAGAAUUCAAUGAAUCUCUGGAAACCCUCAAAAGUAGAUUGAUAUCUGACAUCAGCGAGGCAAUCUCGACCAAGUUGUGUAAUGUAAGUUGAUAUAAUAUUGGCAAUUACAGCAAUUUCAGCCAUUAAUCGAAUCAGAAAUCUUGGAUUUUGAGAAUUGGAUAAGCAAUCACCAAUCGGAAUAUGUGAAUAAAGUGAAAGAAGAGAGUGAAGAAAGGUUAGAGAAGCUAGAGCAUGCCCUAGAUCAGUUCAGUCAUCUCUUAACCGAGGAAUUAAAAUUAUUUCAAGGAAUGAAAAAAAUCUGACGAUUAAAUGAUUGUAUUUUUAAAGGCGCCGAUGAAAAGCCUCAUUCGGGGGGCCAAAGUGCCGGAGGGCCUGUUGAUUAGUUUCAUUAAUUUAAAUUUGGCCACUUUCUGGAAUCUUGGAAAGUUUUUUUCUUUUCCAUUUGGGCCGACUGUCACCUAAAAACAUUUGGAAGACGGCCUCGAGUCGUCGUUAUAUGGCCCCAUUUUGUGCGCGAGAAGAAUCCAGUUUAAGAAGGAUUCGGCGGGGAUGAGAGCCGAGUUAAUGGCACGGCACUUAUAGGUAUGGGUACUUAAGAAGACGUCCUCAAGACGGGGGGAGGCGUCGCUGAAUGAUAAAUAGCCGCUGAUUGGGUUGUCCACAAGUGCUGGUCGGCCGUUUCUCGGCGCUCCGCCGGCUUCCUGGACCUUCUGCGAGGCACAGCACCGCCCUUUCCCCGUUACGCGACCUUUAAAUAUUAUUUUUGCAAAUCGAAUUAUUAUUGAAGGAGAGGCUGCGUCGACGCCGGAGGGCCUCUAAUCAUCGUUCGGGGACAGUGGCCAACGCCCCUCAGGCACUCUUCGGCCAGCGAUGUGAUGGGCUCGAUGAUGUGUAUCUGGUUGAUCUCUGCUCUUUUGUUUCCUCUCCUCGGAUCCUCUCUGAAUCCCUCGUUCGCCGCUCAGCCAGUCAGAUGUUAUGAUUGCCGGGCUGAUGAUAACACUUGUAAUGUGGGGGAAUGUCAGGGAGUGGUCUGCAUCAAGAUGGAGACCUCCAACAUGGACAAUGGCAAGUUUGAUUCCAAUUUAAUCCACCUUUAUUGUUCGUGUUUCAGAUAGGAAAACCGUUCACAAAACUUGUUCGGAUGAAUACGAACCGACUCAAUGCAAACAAAGUGGAUUCGGAAGUAAAUUAAUAACAAGGUGCACAUGCGAAGGCAACUUCUGCAAUGGCGAUGACAAUCUGAACGCUGCAGGUCUUCAGCCGGCCACGUCCGCAACCCAGAAAGUCUUUCCCGUAGUCCUAAUAGCCAUGUUUUUUACACUUAUAACGUCAAUAAACCGGUCAUAA